GGCGCCAACUAAGCAGUUACACGGAAGUAGAAGGAGGCUAACUUCCGGUGUUCGUUGCACAUUUACCCUUGGUCGCCAAUUUCGGUGGAACGACCUCAUGGCUGCAACGAUUCGCCUGCUGUCCUCUGUGCCGCGCUCAGGCAUCUUUGUGGUCAGCCAGAACGCGGUGAGAUGCUUCAGUGUGUCCCACCAGAGGUGUGGAUUCAAGUAUGUCAAUGCACAAGAGGUGCCUACGGAUAUGAAGUCCAUCACAGACCGGGCGGCGCAGACGCUUCUAUGGACCGAACUCUUCCGAGGUCUGGGCAUGACGAUGAGCUACCUGUUCAGAGAACCGGCCACCAUCAAUUACCCGUUCGAGAAGGGCCCGCUGUCGCCACGCUUCAGAGGAGAGCACGCCCUGCGCAGGUACCCAUCAGGAGAGGAACGAUGCAUCGCCUGCAAACUGUGUGAAGCCAUCUGUCCGGCCCAGGCGAUUACCAUAGAAGCCGAGACUCGCGCUGAUGGAAGCAGGAGGACGACUCGCUACGACAUCGACAUGACCAAAUGUAUCUACUGUGGUUUCUGUCAGGAGGCGUGUCCGGUGGAUGCUAUCGUAGAGGGGCCGAAUUUUGAGUUUUCUACUGAAACCCACGAGGAGCUUCUCUACAACAAGGAGAAACUCCUGAACAACGGAGACAAGUGGGAGGCGGAAAUAGCUGCUAACAUUCAGGCGGAUUAUCUUUAUCGAUAAGACGCUGGGCACAUGGCGACGUGGAUGCUUUCAGUAUGUCCAGAUGCUACAUUUAUACUCUGUACUUUGGCCUCCUCCAAACUCUACAUGUUGAUUCUGCAAACACAGAAGGAAAGACCGCUUCAGUCCUGUUAGCAGACGUCUAUUUAUUUGAAGAAACCCACAAGAAUCCUUUAUGUCUGGGGUGUCAUGUCCUUUUACUGAUGUAACAAUGGUUUCUGCUCCGAAAAUGUUGUCAAUCUGAUAUUGUAGGUGAUAAAAAUGAAAAAGACUGGCUUUCAAGUGGAUCUUCAAAUGAUCUAUUUCCUGUAUUUAGAAAUGAUUUAGUCACAUAAAGAAUCUUCUUAACCAACUACUCUCAUGUAUUCAAAAAUGAAUCGUGGACAAAUGUUUAUCAAACUGUGUUCAUUCUUAACAUAGUUUAUUCAGACAAAAAAUAUCUAAAUUGGUUUCAUGAUUCAUGGCAAAUUCAUUUCUCCAAACUGUAAAAAUAACUUCUUUAAUUCUUUCCUGAAGUUCAUCAAUCGUGGUGACAAUGACCACAGAGUUUACGGUUGUGUCCCGUCUCUCUCAUAAACAUAUAAAAUUUGGUUUGAA